CGUCCCACCGGAAGUCUCUCUCUAACAGACAUGGCGUGUAUGCUAGCCGUUAGCAGCAUGAGCUCCACAAUGUUGUCUUUUAUAAAACGUCGCUCCUCGUGGAUACUCUGUGUGUUCCUGGUGAUUCAGGUAACGUCAGGCUCUGCAAAGCCGGACAGCCUGAGAGAAGUGACCGACAGCAGCUGGGAGGAAAUCCUGUCGGGAGAAUGGAUGAUAGAAUUUUAUGCUCCCUGGUGCCCGGCCUGUCAGCAGCUCCAGUCGGUGUGGAAGGAGUUUGCAGACUGGGGGGAGGACAUGGGGGUAAACAUCGCCAAGGUGGACGUGACGGAGCAGCCGGGUCUGAGCGGACGCUUCAUCAUCACUUCCCUUCCGACCAUCUACCACUGUAAAGACGGCGUGUUCAGGAAGUAUCAGGGCGCUCGCACCAAAGAGGACUUCUUGAGCUUCGUGGACGAGCAGAAAUGGAAAUCCAUCGAGCCGAUCUCCUCCUGGUUCGGCCCGUCCUCCUUCCUGAUGAAUUCCAUGUCAGCUUUGUUCAAGCUCUCCAUGUUUAUCCGGCGCUGUCACAACUACAUGACGGAUCAGCUGGGGAUCCCGGUGUGGGGGUCGUACGUGAUCUUCGGCCUGGCCACGCUCUUCUCUGGACUCGCUCUGGGACUGCUCCUGGUGUUCAUCGCAGACUUUGCCUUCCCAUCGAGACGCUUCUCCUCCUCGGAUUAUUACCAGAAGAAGCAGACCCUGGAGCAGGCUCGUCUGAUUCAGCGUCAGGAGGAUGAGCACGAGGCGGACGGAGAGGAGGAUGAUGACGAAGACGAGGAGGACGAGGAGCAGGACGAGGUGUGGAGGAGGAGAAGGAGAGGUUCCCCCGAAGGCCUCCCCGACGAGGCCCUGAGGAAGAGGGUUGUGGGGACCAGGGAGCAGCGGGACGAUGAAGAGGACGACGACUCCUAAAGUGUAAAGGAGACCGGUAAUCAGUGUUUACAGCAGGAAGUAAAAUCCUCCUCCUCCUCCUCUUCCUCCCUGGUUUCUCAGAGCCUCAGACUCCUCCUGAAACAGAAACACUCCCCAGCAGGAGGAGGAGGAGGAGCGCUGAGGAGAGCCGGUAUGAAGCUGGAUCUUUGCAAUGUUGUUUAUGCUAUGCAUCGUUUUUUAAAAUGUGUGUUUAUUAUGUGUUUGUCUCCGAAAUAUUAUUAUUAUUAUUUUAUCCCAGGCGUGUUGCUCCUCCUCCUCCUCCUCCUCCUCCUCCUCCUCCUCCUCCUCCUCUCAUGUAUUCAGACAGUUCUUUUAUGUGUCUUAUUUGCUUUCUUAACCCAAACGUAACAUAUUUACCCAAAUAAUCUCUGUGUUUGACGGAGGAAAGUGUGAACGACCUGACGUGUUAUAGUCCUAAAGAUUUAGCUAAGAUAAAAUAGAAAGGCUUCUUAUUUUGUAGAAAACUUCAAUGCAUUUCCUUUCAAUCCUUCACAAUAAAGCUGCAGUUUGAUGCUUUUAUUGUGAAGUAGCAGCAACAGGAAGUGUUGGUUUAAGGGAAACAAACAGGGGGAAGUGAGGCUGAUAUCAGUCAUGUUUCAUGCCAAAAAUAUAAAACAAUUGCAGAAUAAAAAAAGGAAGUUGUCUUAUUUAGUAGUUUCAUAUCCUGACACUCCUUCACAAUAAAAGCCCCACUGUUUCUCCAGUUAAAUGCUUUUAUUGUGAAGUAGCAACAGCAGGUCAUGUGAUGGUGUUAGCAGUGAGGCUGAUACUUGUAAAUAUUAUUUAUUUCCUGCCAGAAAAGGCAAUUUAAAUCCAGCAAACCCCAAAAUAAAUGAUCAAAACUACUUUAACUAGUUAAUAUAAUUACCUGAAAUGAAUUUUGCACCGAAAAAGGACCCAUAAAUGUGUCUUUUGUUCCUGAAAAUCUUAAGGAUUAUGCCUUUAAAUCAGACAGAACUUUAAUUCGAUGUGAGCUGCACUUUAGUUUGCAGAAAUGCAGUGAUUUAGAAGCAGAUUUUAUUGUGAAAGGAUCUAUAUCCCCCUCCAAAAUAAAAGCCCUGGUGUGUGUUUGUCCCCAUCUCAACAAUCAACCAACGGGAUGUUUAAUUUACUUUGUGUUAUUAUAUUAUUCUGAUUCUCUAAUUAUUAAAGGACGUUUAAUUAAAGAGCCGGAUGUAUCUGCAUGCCGUAAAAAAAAGGAAGAGGAAAUAUUUAGGGACGCCUUUUUAUAUGAAUUAACGGCGGAGAGAAUAAUGCUGUUAUCUUAUUUUAACCACUUUAACGUCAACUUUUUUACGCUGAAAAAUGUCAAAUUUAACCUGAAUUUCUGAGGUGAGUUUAUCUAAACGAGUGCUUCUGGUUUCUUUUGGAAAUCUUGAACAAAUUUGCACUUUUUCUGCUAAUUUCUCAGAUAUUAACGACGCUCUGCUCAGCCUGUAUUCAUUUCAGCGUGUGUGUCUAUCUGUGUGUAUGUGUGUGCGUAUGUGUGUGUGAGAUAUUUUAGAUACACAUUUCAGUUCAGAUUAGGCGUUUAAGGACCGGUUUAGAUUCAUUUGACCCGAUGACAAUUUGGUGAUUUUUUUUACCCGCCUCGUAGCAUUCACACUUUACUCUGAGCUCCUUUUAUUGUUUCAACAUUUCUUUAAAUAAAGAUUAACUCUGAAA